AUGAAGACCGACUUCAAGUUCUCGAAUCUGCUUGGCAGUGUGUACCGAAAAGGCAACCUCGUGUACACAGCAGACGGAACAUGCUUGCUGUCGCCUGUCGGUAACAGGGUUACUGUCUUCGAUCUUGUCAACAACAAAUCGCAUACUUUGCCGUUUGCACAUCGGACCGACGUUGCUCGAAUAGCAUUACACCCAGGGGGACAGCUUCUGCUUACGGUAGACGAACAGGGUCAAGUCAUAUUAAGCCACUUCCAGCGAAGAAUCGUACUUUACCGCUUCUCGCUCAAAGAGGCUGCGUCAGCUCUGGUCUUCUCGCCAAGCGGCUCGCAUUUUGCUGUGGCGCUUGGUAGACGAAUCGAAGUAUGGAAGACACCCUCCACGCCAGGCUCCACAGAUGGUGCAGACGGUGAUGACUACGGCGGCCUUGAGUUCGCUCCGUUUGUUAGGUAUCGGCGUUAUGUUGGCCACCACGACACUGUCCAGAACAUCGAGUGGAGCAGUGAUUCCCGCUUCCUCUUGACAGCGAGUAAAGAUCUGACGGCGCGAAUAUGGAGCCUAGACCCCGAGGAAGGCUUUACUCCGACCGUACUUGCCGGACAUAGGACCGGUGUUUAUGCUGCGUGGUUUAGCCACGACCAGGAAACCAUCUGGACCGUGUCCAAGGAUGGUGCGUUGUUCCGGUGGCAGUACCUUCCAUCACCGGAUGCGGCACCAGAAACUCUGUCCGAUGGUGACGAGAGGUGGCGGAUUAGUGAUCGACACUACUUCUUCCAGGAGCAAGCACACCUUACCACGGCUGCCUUUCAUGCCCCAUCCAAUCUUCUCGUAACCGGCUUCUCCAACGGACUGUUCAUGCUGCACGAAUUGCCAGACUUCAGCGAGAUCCACAAGCUCUCUAUUGCUGCCUCGAACAUCGACACUGUCUCGAUCAACAAGACUGGGGAAUGGCUCGCUUUCGGCUCUUCGGCUCUGGGUCAGCUGCUGGUAUGGGAAUGGCAGUCCGAAUCCUACAUUCUCAAGCAGCAGGGCCACUUCGACAGUCUGAACUCACUGACAUACAGUCCGAGCGGCGACCGCGUGAUUACGUGCGCUGAUGACGGCAAGGUGAAGAUUUGGGACACCGCUUCAGGCUUCUGCAUCGUCACUUUCACCGAACACACCUCGGGCGUGACUGCAUGCGAGUUUGCGCGGAGAGGAAAUGUCUUGUUCACUGCCUCAUUGGACGGUAGUGUGCGAGCCUUCGACCUCAUCCGCUACCGCUGCUUUCGCACAUUUACCGCCCCCAAGCGCCUGAGCUUCAGCUCUAUAGCAGUCGAUCCCUCAGGAGAGGUCGUCGCUGCCGGCAGUCUGGACGACUUCGACAUUCACAUCUGGAGCGUACAAACCGGCCAACUCCUCGAUCAACUAGCCGGUCACGAAGGACCUGUUUCAAGCUUAGCAUUUGCGCCCAAUGGCGGGAGUCUGAUAUCUGGCUCUUGGGACAGGACCGUGCGCAUAUGGUCUGUCUUUGCGAGAACACAGACCUCGGAGCCUCUUCAACUACAAGCCGAUGUGCUGUGCGUAACUGUGCGUCCGGACAGCAAACAGUUGGCCGUUUCCACGCUUGAUGGCCAGCUCACAUUCUGGUCCCUAAGCGAAGGCACGCAGGAAACGGGCCUUGAUGGCCGUCGCGAUGUCUCUGGAGGCAGGAAAGCUACUGAUCGGCGGACUGCCGCGAAUGCGGCAGGCACAAAGAGCUUCAACACAGUCACGUACUCGGCUGACGGAAGCGUUGUGCUCGCCGCGGGUAACAGCAAGUAUAUAUGUCUGUACUCCGUUGAGACUGGCGUGUUGUUGCAAAAGUACACCGUUAGCGUCAAUCUCAGUCUAGAGGGAACACAAGAGUACUUAAACUCCCGCCUCCUGACCGAAGGCGGACCCCAGGCGUUAUUGGACGAGCAAGGUGAAGCAUCGGACCUUGAGGACCGGAUGGAUACGAGCUUACCGGGCGCCAAGCGAGGUGAUGCUGCGCAGCGCAAAGCAGUGCCGGAAGUGAGAGUGCCUGGUGUGGCCUUCUCCCCUACUGGUCGUGCCUUCUGCGCCGCAAGUACAGAAGGCUUGCUAAUCUACAGUGUCGACGCCAGCGUGCAGUUCGAUCCCUUCGAUCUCGACAUCGAUGUUACUCCCGAAAGCACGCUCAAGGUACUGACGAACCGCGAGUGGCUCAAAGCGCUCGUUAUGGCUUUCCGGUUGAACAACAGCAAGCUAGUCACGAGAGUCUACCGCUCCAUACCCACCACUGACAUCGGACUGGUCGUGCGAGAUAUCCCGCAAGUCUAUCUGGAGAGAUUGCUAAGGCAUGUAGCGAAGGAGGCAGAUGCAUCACCACACCUAGAGUUCAACCUGCUAUGGUUGGAGAGUCUACUACGGCAACAUGGGCGGGUGCUGAAAGAGCGCCAGGGCGAGUAUGCGGAGGUUGUAAGAAUGGUGCAGAGAGCCGUCACACGAAUCCAGAAUGAAAUCAUGAAAGUUGCGGAUCAGAACAAGCAUACCAUUGAGUAUUUGCUGGGGCAGCCGAGACCGGCAGCAGAGGUCAAUGGAGAUACAAUGAAGAUGCUGGGUAGAAUUGAUGGGGUGAAGAUGGAUCGCAGCGCUGGAGUUGUGCAAGACGAAGACAUGGCCGAUGGAGAUGAUGAGUGGAUUGGCCUCGAAUAG